CAUCGAACAAAGAAAUUUGUCCAAGAUUCCAUUCAGCAAGAAGCAGCCUUUUUCCCAUUUUUCAACGUCAUAUUAUCUAUCUAAAGACAAAGACAAGAAAGACGAGGGAGGAGCAGAGGCUAUGGAGAAGGGGGGGCCAGCAACAGCAGCAUCGUCCAGGACUGGGGAGCUUAAUCCUCCGCUUCAGGCGAUCGGAUUCGAGAUUGAGGAGAUAUCCCCACAAAAAGUUACGGGUCGGCUUCAUGUAACCCAUAACUGCUGUCAGCCAUUCAAGGUGCUGCAUGGAGGGGUGUCGGCUCUGAUAGCAGAGUCGCUGGCAAGCAUGGGAGCCCACAUGGCUUCGGGUUUCCAGAGAGUGGCUGGAAUUCAUCUUAGCAUCAACCAUCUGAAGCGCGCUGACCUUGGUGAUCUUGUGCUCGCUGAGGCCACUCCUGUCAAUGUUGGCAGAACCAUCCAGGUGUGGGAGGUGCAGCUCUGGAAGGUUGAUCCUUCAAAUCCACAGAGCAAAUCCUUGGUGGCAUCGUCGAGGGUUACUCUUCUAUGUAACAUGCCUGUGCCGCAGCAUGCAAAAGAUGCGGGUGAAAAUCUCAAGAAGUAUGCGAAAUUGUGAACCUGCCGCACUAUAUUUGCAUAUCUUGCAAGCAAUAUACAUGUAUUUAACCCUGGUUGGAAUCAAAGCAUCAAUAAGAUGAAUAAUUUGUUACUAGUUU